AAGGACCAUGGAUGGAGUAACAUAAAUUCAAGUGAAGCAGAAGGAAACAAACACGGUGAGAGGAGGGAAAGGGAGAUCUCAAACUCAAAAACCAAACACAAAUCAAAUCGGAAUCUCUACCUAACUGUUUGGUUCUUCAUAAAGAAAACCACCCAGUAGAAAUAAAUCAGAUUGACAGGGAUUCUCGAUUUAAUUUGUUUCUUCCUCCUCUUCGUUAUUUUGUUUUCAUUGUUUUCACACUUUGUAUCGCCUGAAUGGAGGCUGAAAAGAAAUACCUUUCGGCGGAAGAGCUUAAAGAGCACAACAAGCCUCAGGACCUGUGGAUCUCUAUCCAGGGCAAGGUGUACGAUGUCACACAUUGGGCAAAGGAGCAUCCUGGUGGUGAUAUACCGCUUCUGAAUUUGGCUGGGCAAGAUGUAACUGAUGCCUUUAUAGCGUAUCAUCCCGGUACCGCUUGGAAAUAUCUUGACAAUUUUUUUACUGGGUAUUAUCUGAAAGAUUUUAAGGUAUCUGAGGUUUCCAAAGAUUACAGAAGACUUGUUGCAGAGUUUGCUAAACAGGGUAUGUUUGAGAAGAAAAAUCAUGUGGCAUUAUAUGCUCUUACAUCUGUUUUCAUUAUGUUUGCUGUUGUUAUUUAUGGCGUUUUGUCUUGUGAAAGUGUCUGGGCUCAUCUGGGUUCUGGUAUGUUAUUGGGAUUUCUCUGGAUUCAAAGUGCUUAUGUGGGACACGAUUCUGGGCACUACCAGGUUAUGACGACUCCAGUUUAUAACAAGAUCGCUCAAAUUAUUUCAGGAAAUUGUUUAACUGGGAUUAGUAUUGCUUGGUGGAAGUGGACCCAUAACGCUCACCAUAUUGCCUGCAAUAGUCUUGAUUAUGAUCCUGAUCUUCAACAUAUACCAGUUUUUGCUGUAUCUUCACGUUUGUUUGAUUCAAUCACAUCUUGCUUUUAUGGCCGAAAAUUGACGUUUGAUCCCAUUGCUAGAUUUCUUGUUAGUUACCAGCAUUGGACUUUUUACCCGGUGAUGUGUUUUGGAAGGCUUAAUUUGUAUUUACAGACAUUUUUAUUAUUAUUGUCAAAGCGUCAGGUACCUGAUAGAGGCGUUAACAUACUGGGAAUUCUUGUUUUUUGGACUUGGUUCCCUCUUCUUGUUUCAUGCCUACCGAAUUGGCAGGAGAGGGUAAUGUUUGUUUUUUCCAGUUUUGCUGUUACAUCCAUCCAACAUGUUCAGUUUUGUUUGAACCAUUUUGCUGCGAAUGUGUAUCUUGGGCCUCCUAAUGGCAAUGACUGGUUUGAGAAGCAAACAAGUGGGACAUUGGAUAUUGCGUGCUCAUCUUGGAUGGAUUGGUUCUAUGGUGGCUUGCAGUUUCAGCUUGAACAUCAUUUGUUUCCAAGGUUGCCAAGGUGCCAACUGAGGAAGGUUUCACCAAUUGUGAUUGCUCUUUGCAAGAAGCACAAUUUACCUUACAGGAGUUUGUCCUUCUGGGAGGCUAAUGUAUGGACCAUUAGGACUCUCAGGACUGCUGCUUUCCAGGCUCGAGACCUCUCCAAUCCUGCCCCCAAGAAUUUGCUUUGGGAAGCUGUUAAUACUCAUGGCUGAAUUGUUUUAUGAAGGCCAGCCAUGAAUUUAGUUUUUUUGGCAUCCCUAGGCUUUGGCUUCUUCAUUGAUGGCCUAUUUAUGAAGAUAAAUUUGUAUUUCUUUCCAGCAUUUGAUUUACAAAUGGAUAUUAAAUUUCAUAUCAAUUGGGUUUUGUCCUUUCGUUUUCUGUUUAA